UGAGACGUGUCUGUUUGUGUGUGUGUGCAGGUUGCAAUGAAUUCUGGUGCUGUCUUUGCUAUGCCAGCUCCACCACAGGAGAGUUUGGAGAGAGUACCUAUCUGCCAUUAAUGGACAUCAUAGGCCCUGCAUUCAUGGCUGCUAUUGGGGUGCCCGUCAUUGUGCCACCUGCAAGUCUGUCCAUGCGGGUUGCUGGAAGCCUCUUUGAGGACAUCUUGGUGUCCUGCUUCUGUGCCUGUUGCUCAUGGUGUCAGAUGGCCAGGGAGAUCAAAGAGCACAAGAAGGGCUGCACUUUCACAACCACCCAGCCUGUGUCCAUCCAAGUGCAGCCUCCUACCAUGACCACUUCAAAUGUGUCCUACACAACCAAUCAACAGAGCUACACCAUGACCAGCCCACAGUCCCCCAACCAACAGGGCUACGUCAUAACCGGCCCACAGUCCCCCAACCAACAGAGCUACGUAAUGACCGGCCCACAGUCCCCACACCAACAGGGCUACGUCAUAACCGGCCCACAGCCCCCCAACCAACAGAGCUACGUCAUGACCGGCCCUCAGUCCCCCAAUCAACAGGGCUAUAUCAUGACCGGCCCACAGUCCCCACACCAACAGGGCUAUGUCAUGACCUACCCACAGUCCUCCAGCGGGGUUGAGAUGCCCCCUGAUAUGAUGGCAGGGCCCCCUGACAUGGUCGGAGUGGUCAUAUGAAGAUGGCAUCUGACCAACAUGCCAUUGCAGGCCUUUCUCAAAUGACGACUUCUGAUCCACCUGCCUAUAACCCUGCUGUUAUGAUGCUCCCUGAUAUGUCUAACCAUAUGGUGAACACCACUGUCUCCACCCAACCAUCCAAAUGCUGAGCUCUGCUGCUUCAUCUAAUCACUUUCUGAUAGCUUGCAUUGCUGUAAUGUUCACAAUCAAUGAAUUAAUUGGAUUGAUUAAAAUGUGUUUUUACAUGAUUUAUAGCCUGAGGUUUAUUUGAUGGUAAUGUCCACGGCUCAUUGUCUUGACAUGUAAUAAAGUCAUUUAUAUUGUG